UUGCUUUCCUUCAUAUGCACCACGUACUUGACAAAUUUUGUGGUCUGAAGACAACUUUUAAAGAAACAUUGGAAUUAUGAGUCCUGAAUUUCGAGAACACCAUGAUAAGCCUACGCCUCCAUUAUGUCCAUGUCAUGCUCGAUGUCACUAGACGUGCCACUGCUAGAUCAUGUGCAGUUGGCAGUGAGCAACAACGACACCUGUUCCGCUGGCAUAAAUUGAAUGACCUUGUUCACUCGACAGGGGCCAUAUAUGCAGUCACACGUAUGAAGCCAAAUAUCUCCUCGACAGGUUACGCAAAUACAAAAGGCAUAUCAGUGGAGAGACAAAUCAAAGGGCUACGGUUUUGUCAUGUUAGUGCACACCGGUACCAGCCAACGGUAGGCGAAGGUUGUCCACCGCUUAAGACUCAUACACGUCUGUAUUGUAAGUUACCAGAGCGUCCAGUUUCGGACCCUUGUCGAGUACAGCCAAUGGCACACAAGUCAAUAGACUUCAUUCAGUACUGGAUCAAAACAAAAAUCUACCUUUCCACGAGCCGAGAUUGCCAUGGAGAUGAUAGAUACUACCACCAUUCCGUCAUAAUGCGCAACAUCGACAAGCUAAAUCUUCGACCAGACGAUGUCAUGUUAGACGUGGGUUGUAGCACAGGUGAAGAGACGAAGGCAUUGGCAUCGAAAGUCGGUAGUGCAACGGGCAUUGACUCUUCGGAGGAGAUGGUAGCCUUCGCUCGGGCAAACAACCUUGCACCCAACGUUAGUUACAGUUUGGGAGAUGCACAGACCAUCGGGAACCACCCCGAGUGGCAGGAGAGGUUUGACAAAGCUGUCAGCUUUUUUGUUCUCCACUGGUGUCCGGACCACGCUGAGGCACUCAGGAACAUUCUGGCUUGCCUCAAGCCAGGGGGCGAGGCACUGCUCAUCGUGAUUAACCGAACAACACUGAUCUCCGAGGUUCACAGGUUCUUGAACAGUCAUGUGAAGUGGGGACACUAUGUAACAGGCUUUGAGAAUACGUACUCCUUUUGGGAUCGUUCCGUCGCAGAAACCGAGGAGCUGUUGGCAACGUGCGGUUGGACAAACCUGCGAUGUGAAAUCCAACACCAUUUGCCUAGCACAGAGUUUCAAACAAAACUAUUCAUGAAGACCUCACUGGGAAUAUCAUCGCUAAUACCGGAGUCAGAACAGGAGGCGUAUUUUGAGGAUAUCUGGCAAUGGGCAUUGUCUCGAUACGAGGUUGAGACUCAAGCUGGGUAUGUUUUCCUCCCUAUAGACCUGAUGGUAAUGCAAGCUUCUAAGCCGCUCUGAAGUAGCCAACUUUCUGCAGUGCUCUGCGUCCUGUUGAGCAAUGUCUGCCAAGUCUGCAUAUUAUGUGCGUUCUGAAGACGUUUUCUAUAUUUAUACAGAUUUUUAGGGAAGGUAGUUUUGUAGUUAAUAAAUUAUAAUGAUAUGUAAUAAAAUAUACUUAGUCUUAUAAAAAGAAUAUGUAAUUAUGCAUAUAAAACGAUGUAAUAAUAAGAUAUACUCUCUGACUGAAGAGUAUAAUCUUAGGAGGAAAAACAUACUGGUAAUGAUCCACACUUCCCUCCAGGUGAUACUCACGAGCAGUUUUGCCUGGGCUAUUAGCAAGGGAAUACCAAGAUAAAUAUUCUUAUUUCAAAUUCAUUAGCUUGGCGAGAAAAUGUGAGGGGACUUUUUUUUUACUGAAAAUGGGGGCGUACUCAAAGAUUAUUAGAGGGGGCAGGGGCGCAUGCUUCCCUAGGAAAGUGUUAAUAAAAUCCUGCAAUCCUGAAAUCUGGUGCAUUUAAAUAUCCCCCAAGUCGACUCCCAGACUUCUGUUUUGUGGUUGUUUUUAUCCGUGAAACAAUGGAGGAUUACAUGAAGACUGGCUAGGGGGAGGUAUUCAAACCCCCAGGUUUCCUCCACCCCAAGCUUUGCUCCAAGACCCUAUGAUCAGUUCGUCUCUUAUGAAUAUAGCGCCCUCUAAUGGUAAUGCUAGUUGGUUGUGCUCGACAUCGACAGCGCAUGUCGUCUCCACGGUCCGGCGUGUUCAGUGCAGUGCAAUGGCCGAAACAGUAAAACCAGUCUUGGGGCAAGACUGCCCCCACGUACUCUUUAUAAAUAAAUAGCAAAUGCUCCCUUGCCCGGCUGUAGGAAUCCGAAGAUGGGGGGGGGGGGAGAAUGGCACCUGGGGCUGGACAUUUUGUGGUGCUGAGCAUGGAAGAAACCUCCAACCCAAUUUCCAGGUUGUCGUAGGCUACACGAAGGCCAACGGAAUACAAUGUAGGCCGAGUUCUUUGAUUCAGCAUUAUAAUAAGCCAGCAUCUGGGCUCAUUUGUAUGAUCAUACCCAUCCUGCAACUUGACAGAACAUCAAGCGAUAGGUGAUUAUUUUUUUCCCAAUUCCCCCUUGAACGUCCAAUUUAGUUUUGUGAUACCUCCGUGGCCAUCAUUUAUGUGGUUGUUUAGACCUAUCGAUCGAUCAUAGUGCAAAUAUUAUCGCGUCCGAGCAAACACUAGAGAUGGAGCGUGAUUAAUGCUAGUCUGCAAGUCAGCCGUGAAUGAAUGCUUUGCUGUCAGUAUCACUGUUGGAGAAGAGACUAACACGGAGGAUUUGUAGAAGUGAAUUUUCUUCUUAAAUAUAAUGUCAAUUUGUCUCAGGGGCUAACUUUUCUCUGUGUAUUGAUUUUUUUGUCUUUAACUGUCACCGUAUAUAUUCUUUUUUAAACAUUUGUUUUUAUUCUAAACAGAGACCAACUCUUUUUAUUCUUUACGGUUAUCUGAGAAAGCUGGUUCACAGUUUUAUAAAGGCAUUCUUUUAUGUAAAAUUAAAGAUGUAAAAUAAAUGAGUAGAUUACGAUAAGUGUAAAUCA